AUGUGGAAAAAGCAACAAGCAAGACAGAGGUCUAGUUUGCAUUAUUGCAGUAUUGGAUCAUCAUCAUCCAACACGUCACCAUCAGAUUCAUCAUCACGUAGUUCGGGCGCUGAUCGCGCCCAUCGUGAACAAAAUACGCCACUGCUACCAUUACAACCUGCUUUAAAGCAGUCAACUACUAAGAAGUUCAAGGAUUUAUGUCGUGGUCAGCGAUCAAUGUCACUAGGUAGUGCUGCUCAUGAAUCACUGAUGGCAGCUGUUGCUUCAGCAGCGCAAGGUCCCAUGCAUACAGUGGAUAUGAGCCAUGGGGAAAACGGUUUAGGGGAUAAGGUAGUCCUGCUGGUCGAAAAUACAAGAUUUAUCGUCGAUUCAGCUGUUUUAAUUGCUAAACCAGAUACCAUGCUUGGGCGAAUGUUCACUUUACGUACUCAACAUCAGGAAGGUGCCGAGCUUGUACGACCUAAUGAUCAGAACGAAUAUGAAGUUGCAGAUGGACUAUCAGCUUCAUGUUUUCGUGCAGUUCUGGAAUAUUAUCAUGUUGGAAAAAUGCGCUGUCCAUCAUCUGUAUCGGUUUCAGAGCUUCGUGAGGCCUGUGAUUAUCUUUUAAUACCAUUCAAUGCCCGUACUGUGCAAUGUUACAAUCUCCGUUCAUUUUUACAUGAAUUAAGUAAUGAAGGCGCUAGGCAACAAUUCACAAUAUUUCUUGAGGAAAUCAUUUUGCCACAAAUGAUUGUCAGCACUGAGCAUGGUGAUCGUGAAUGCCACAUCGUAGUACUCUUGGAUGACGAAAUCGUUGACUGGGAUGAGCUGUAUCCUCCUCAUAUGGGUGAGGAUACAACACAAGUUGUUUAUAGCACACAGCUUUAUCGUUUUUUCAAGUAUGCUGAAAACCGAGAUGUAGCAAAACAGGCUUUAAAAGUGAUUUGUGGAAGGUAUACAAAUGUGUCUUACAUUCACUUGUUUACCUUUCUUGGCUCAGAACAUAUUGUUUUGAAAGAACGUGGUCUUAAAAAGAUUCGUCUUGGUAUGGAGGGUUACCCCACUCAUAAAGAGAAAGUAAAACGACGUUUCAACAGAGCUGAAGUUAUAUACAAAUACGUUCAGCGUCCAUUUGUUCAUUGUUCUUGGGAGAAGGAGGAAGCACGUUCCCGACAUGUUGAUUUUGCAUGUCCAAUCGUAAAAAGUAAAUCCAAUCCCAGUUUGGCAAGUGCUGCAAGUGAUUCCAUUCCUCAGCCAAAUCCUGUGCAGUUGAACAUAGUAGCUUCCGGAUCAGUGUUGAAUAGUUCUGGAAAUUCGUCUUUUACUCUGCCACUUGCGCAGCAUUCAAUACUUCAUAGCACUAGUGAUACACAUUUCUCUCAUCAUUUAACUGGCCAAGUUUGUCAUGUUUGGAAAUUCUUAUUUAUUGGGAUUAAUCCAGUGAUUCAAAAAUUAUAA